UCCUGAGAUCCGACAGACAUGAAGGGAGGUGGGGUGGCGGAAAAGGGAGGUGGAUGGAUGGACCUCAUUACCCUCGCAAUAGUCAUUAGGAUACUGGCCAUCUUCGAAAGGUUGACCGACCAUCCCACCGAAGUAGCUUUCUUCAGCUGGACACCACCUUCGCUCAAAAGGCGAAUCCAUGCAGAGAGCAUCUCACUGAAGGAGAAAGCAAGGUGAAGGCGGUUGCAGAGGUCCAGGAAAGAUGGGAAACGGCCAAGUCUUGACGUCACCAUCGCAGCCCGAACAAAGAUGGGAGGGAUAAAGCCACUCCUCCCCCCCCUCAAGGUUUUUUUUCCCGUGAUUGGCAGCAAAUGUCCUCGUUCUCCUCCGGUUGCAAUCAUUGCCUACAUUAAAACCUCUGAGUGUCGCCAUCUUCUUACAUGCAAACGUUGCGGAGGUGCUAGGCACAAGGCAACAACCUACAGAGUGGAACUCCCUUCGCCCCAAGGCGCAGACAAGCAUGACCAAAGCAACUGUGAGCACCCACGUUCUUGCAACCUCCUGCAGUUAUGUGAUAUAUAUAUAUAUAUAACAGUGAACUUCAUAGCCUCUUUCUCCCUCUCGUUGACCAGCUGUGGGGUGUGUGGCAAGGACGUCAACCUUGUCGAGUGCUCGUCUAGGAGUAUUUGUGGCAGGGUUUUGAAGAGUGGUCAGAAGAGUACCUGGUUUUAUCCUUCAAAAAGGCAUAAGGGUUAAACUGUGUUCAGUGUCUGGAGUUGGAAAAGCAAAGAAGAGAAAAUUCAAGCAUGACUUGUGUCAUUUUAUUUAUGUAUUCAGUGAAUCACUGCAUGAUUUUAUCAAUAGAUUAGUCACUGAUUUUUGAGGAAUUGUUUGUUAAGGAAAGUUUGUAAAGUGGGAUUUUUAUGGGAAUUAGACAGAAUGCAAUAAAUAUCAUGGAUUUUAUAUUGAUGGGAGCAUGCUGGUUGUUUACAUCAGUGGACAAAUGAUUUGAUGGGAGAAUGGAAAUUUAGCUAAGUGGUCAAUGAAAGCACAUGACCAUAUGAAGAAAAAAAAUCUGGAAAGUAAUUUUAUCAUUUGCAUUGUUAUUUUCAAAAGCUAGUAUAGGUUGUUAAUAGGGUUAUUGUUAGGUU